GUAGGUAAUUAUGAAAUAACAUUGAUUCAUAUUCAGUUAAAAAUAUGAACAUUUUUUAUGUUUAUUCCUGGUAAAUGAAUGGUUGAAAUCAUAUAUUCAAACUGUAUUCUAAUUUGUUUUUCAUGUUGAAUUUGUUUUUAUGAACAAUAUACGUAGAUAAUUUGGCAUUUAUAAAUAAAUAAAUACCUGCCUCUGUUCUGUCAUUUUUCAAGAUAACAAAAAGACUAUAAAACUGGAAACAUUUUUAAAUUUAAGUAAUGUAGUAAGAAGUUUAAACGAUGGUUAUGAAAUGGUGGUUGUUUCUUACUGGCUUUUUAGUACUAAAUGUCGCAGCUGGCUUGAAAAGAAAAGGUGGUCUCAGAAAUAAUGGUUCAUUUCCUAAGAAAUUCAUUUUCGGUGUAGCAACAUCAGCUUUCCAAACUGAAGGUGGGUGGGAUGAAGAUGGUAAAGGUCAGAGUAUUUGGGAUAAUUUCACACAUAUUCGACCAUCGAAAAUAUCGAACGGUGAUACAGCCGACGUUGCGUGUGAUUCAUAUCAUAGGUUUAAAGAAGAUGUACAAAACGUUAAAAAACUGGGUACUUCGAUGUACCGUUUCUCAAUUGCUUGGACAAGAAUUCUACCAACUGGAUACUCUGACAACAUCAACCAAAAAGGUCUAGACUAUUAUAAAGAGUUGGUUAAAGUGAUUCUUGAGUUUGGAUUGAUUCCCGUUGCCACCAUAUAUCAUUGGGAUUUGCCUCAGCGUCUCGUGGAUGACGGUAAUGAUUGGAGAACUGAAAAAAUUAUACCCAUAUUUUUAAAUUAUUCUAGAAUCGUUAUUCAAAAUUUACCAGAUGUAAAAAUUUGGAUAACUAUAAAUGAACCUAAGCAAAUAUGUCAUUGGGGAUAUGGUACUGGAUUUUUUCCUCCAAUGAUAAACGGUGAUGGAACUAUUGAAUAUCAAUGUAUGUAUGUUAUACUUAAAGCACAUGCAGCAGUAUACCGUAUGUACAAAAAGGAGUUUCCACAUUAUACAGCAAAAAUGACAAUGGUAAUAGAUUGUCAGUGGUCGGAACCCUAUUCACAAGAUAAAGAAGAUAUAAUUGCUGCAGACAGGGUACUUCAAUUCGAGUGCGGUGUUUAUUUUCAUCCGUUAUGUACCGGUGAUUGGCCAGAAGUUGUGAAAAAACGAAUAUAUGAUAGAAGUUUGGCUGUUGGCUUACCCGAAUCCAGACUUCCUGCAAUAACUGAAAGUGAUAAACUUGCUAUUAUGGGCGCUUACGAUUUUAUUGGUUUGAAUCAUUAUACUACAAAUCUUGUUGAAGGUACUGAUGGAGGACUCUCAAACGAAACCAGUUAUGAUAACGACAUUGCAGCUGCUACCUCUUUCAGUCCAAGCUGGGUAGUUGAAGCUUUGGACUCGUUCGCAAUAGUACCUAAAGGAUUAUAUUACGUAUUGACCUACGUCAACCAAGUAUGUAACAAAGCGGACAUUUUAAUAACAGAACUUGGAAUGGCCGAAGAUGGUAGUUCGUUAGACGAUCAGAUCAGAAUCGAUUUCUAUCAGGACUAUUUAUGCAAUAUGUUGGAAGCAAUGAAGGAGAAUGUGAAUGUUAUCGGUGUUACAUUUUGGAGUUUGAUGGAUAACUUCGAAUGGAGAUCUGGUUAUUAUCCUCACUUUGGACUAUAUCACAUGAAUGCCACCGACGAUCCUACACUUACAAGAAUUCCCAAGAAAUCUGUGGGUUUUGUCCAGGAAUUAAUAAGAUGUCGAAAAUUAAAAUGUGACAAAUCUCAAAGAAAAUGGCCUCAUCCACGACCACCAAGACUUCCACACAAUCAUAAGCCACACUUACGCUCUCCCCACUGAAUGAUCAAGUUGAAAACGGAUGUUUAUACAUUAAGUAACUGUUUCAUUUGAUUUUGUAUUUUUUUCCAAAUAAACUCAACCUCAAUUUUCAUAUAAAUAGGAUCACCUCCAUUUACAUAAAUGUAAAGAGUAAUUAGGUCCUAGAUGUAAUUGAUUGGAUCAUAGAAAAAAUUAUGUAUUUCAAUGGAUAUACUUUAGUUAUAAACAAGAACCAGAACUGCAAUGAAUAUUAGAAUCCUAAUAAUAUAUUAGUAGACAAAAAAAAUAAACAAGUAGAAAAUUGUGAUUUUUCAUCACUUAGUUUUAGUUUUCUUGAACCUUUCAUUUAUUUGGCCUUUAUAUAUGUUUUGCGUGACAAAUCUUAUUUAUUUUAUGUCUCUUUCGCUUCGACUUAUUUCAGUUUUUCUCGAUAUGUCUUGACAUUGUCAAUCUGUUUAUUAUAUUAUUAUUAUUGUAUUAUAUUUUCUAAAUACUGAGAACUAUCUUAACAGCGUCACAAUCAUCAAACUUACUUGAUAUAUAAUAUUGCCUUUGUAUACAAAGUACGGGAAAAUGUUUUAGUUUGUGAUAUUUAGUUUCUGUUUUGUUGCUUAAUUAAUUAUAGUAUCUGUUCAUCCUUCUCUAGUAUAUAUGUUACUUUUCAUUUCUUCAGGAUAAUUAUUUAUAUCAAGUAUCAAGUACCUUGUUUACAUAGAACAGAUAUCUCAGUAUUCAGAAAAUAAAAUGAAAGUCAUCAAAUUGUCACUGUCAAUAUCAUAUUUUGACAAACACAUAAACCUCGAAAUUUUUAUCUUUCUUCCAAAAAUUAUUUGAAAACUCUAAUUCUAAAACAGAAGAGACCUAAAAUCAAGAACAUUUAGAAACAUAAACAUAUCAAACAGUUUAAGAAAUAAGAAAUUCAAGAAAUGUAUGUAGUUAAGAAUUGUUUUGUUGUAUAUUCGUAUCAGGUGUCCAUACAACAAAACUUUCCUUUCGAGUCGACCUUUCAUCGCGAUAGGUUCAGGUAAUUGUCUUUUGUCUAAUUAUAUGUACUGAUAUUCCAUGCAUCUAACAAAAUUAUCAUCUUUAUUAUUACCUUAAUGUCUCAGGUUAAUGGACGACUUGAGUGCGAACAAUCUUCAAUCAUCAAAUCUUCACUAUUAAAAUGAUUAUAUCAACGUUUGCUUAUUAACUGUGUCCUCUCAUUCAAUUCAAGUUGAAAAAGUUAAGGAUACUAUUAAAUGUGAGGAGUU